AUGAGGGUGUUGUUAAAGGUGAUUUUCUUUUUGGGCUUGCUGCAGUUUGCUCCCGACGGACUGCAACAUUUCUGUGUUGGCUCGAAGGUGAUUGAAAACAACAAAUAUCGAAAACAUUCGAAUAAUGCUUCAGCUAAACAAUAUACAGUGGAGAGUAUUUCCAAUAUAAAAGAACUGGGGUCCACUCUCAAUGAGAAGAGCACCCAGAGGAUUUCGCCAUUGGCUACAGGAAAGCAGUACCCAGUCGAUUUACAUAGAAGAAAGGGAUCCUCGCCAGCUCUUCCGGCCUCGUAUUUGAUUGGUAGAUCGAUAGCUGAUCUUAACCUCUCACCCAUUUUGAUAGUAUGCGAUAUUGAAGGUGGCUUACAUGCAAUUAAUAGAGAUGAUGGUCAAAUUAUAUGGUCAAUAGAUUCAUCAGAAUUUCAACCCCUCAUACAAAUUGAACAACCUCCCAGUAUAGAAACCAAGGAGACUCUUCUGUUGGAACCGUCUGGCGAUGGUACUUUAUAUUUUUUUCAUGCACACCAAGGAUUACAGAAAAUUCCAGGUUCAAUAAACCAGUUGAUAGCAACCUCCCCGGUACAUAUGAGGGCAGAACUUGUUGUUGAUGAUCUAGGUACCACUAUAGAAGAUGAGAAGAUUUAUACUGGGUCACGAACCAGCAUGAUGUAUGUCAUUGAUAUGUCUAAUGGUGCGUUGCUGUCGUCGUUCGGCAAUGGAUCUAGAAAACACAAACGGGGUGCGACAUCCGAUUCUGAAGAAGACUCUUGUAUGAACGAACUCACAAAGACACUUAUGAUUGGCAAGUCCAUUUAUAAGCUCCAAAUUAACUCGCAGAAUGGCUCCAUUUAUAAUGUGACCUACUGUACCUGGCAACCAAACUCCUUGGAUGUACAUUUGUCUCGUGAAAAUGUAGUGUCUAAAGAUGGUCUGUUUGUUGCGCCUUUUAGGGACAAAUCUUUAUUGGGCGUUGAUGGAAAUUUUAAGAUUGCUAAAUGGGUUUCACCUGAAUUUCCUGGAAUAAUUGUUAGUGUUUUUGACCUAUUUGUCGAUAAACACUCAAAUGAAACCGUUCUUGUUUCUCAUCCAUUCCAUAAUUUGGAGGAAGCAGACUCUGAACAAGAAAAGAUUUACUUGGAGCAAACGAAAUCUAAAACGUGGGCUGCCUUCUCCAGUAAACAUUUUCCAUCGUUGGUUAAAGCUGCACCCAUUUCUAAAUAUGUCUCGAGUUCUAGGUGGAGGACUCAAUCUAUUUUUUCAGACGAAAGUUUAUUUCGGACUGCAAUCACGGGGGUGCAUGUAGUGGAUUCGGCACCCAUUCAAUCAAUUCCAUACAAUAGGAUACCAGAAGCAUCACAUAGACCAGCCUUGAUGCUUGACCCAGUACCGUAUCAACCAAUUUCUCUAGAACACGGACACAAUGCACCGCUGGACCAGAAAAAUAACGCACUUCGUGAAUCAAUUCAGAUGGCCCAGACUGAAGCAUUUCCGAGGUCUGCCAAGAUAUCAGCACUCUAUGCCAUCGGAAGCUUCUUUUACAGAAUAAUAGAAAGUGGACUGAUACUGGUGUUUUCACUCGUUGUUUUGCUAACGCUACAAAAGUAUGAGAUCAUUCCGCCAAUGCACAUAAUGAUGGAGAAAGUGGGAUUGGCACCUCGUCAAGAUGUAGCUCCUCCUGUUUUCAAAGAACAUAUCUCAACCAAUACCAAUGUAGAAAAGGGUAGUGAUUCCGAAAACAAGGUUUCAGACUUACAAAUGCAUCCCAUCCCCAGUAAUGAAGUGAAGAAAGCCGUUAUAUUCGAGGAACCAGAACAAAACCUCAAGAUGUUUUCAUUAGAUAAUGACUCUAACGCAACCCUGAGAGAUAAUGGGGAACAAUUUACGGAAAAGAAAAAAAGAAAGAGGGGUUCAAGAGGUGGUAAGAAAAGCAAAACUAAAUCUCAUAGUAUUGAUGGUGUGGAUACUGAUGACUCAAUCAAAAGCCUUGUUGUUUCAGACAAGAUACUGGGUUACGGAUCGUCUGGUACGGUAGUUUUUGAAGGAAGCUUUCAGAACAGACGUGUUGCGGUGAAACGUAUGUUACUAGAUUUUUGCGAUCUGGCAGAUCGCGAAAUCAGGCUCCUAACAGAAAGUGAUGAUCAUCCCAAUGUCAUCCGAUAUUACUGUUCUGAAAUGACCGAAAAAUUUUUGUACAUUGCAUUAGAGUUGUGUGACGCUAAUCUAGAAGAUCUGGUUGCCACUAAACUUCCCAGCAGUAAAAUAAUGAAAUUUAGGAAAAAUCUGGAUUUGGUCGACUUACUGUGUCAGAUUGGUUCUGGAAUUGCCCAUCUGCAUUCACUAAAAAUUAUUCAUCGGGAUAUCAAGCCCCAAAACAUAUUGGUUUCCGAAAACAGGAUUGCUUCGAUUGCAACAUCAUCGACCAAGGAGAACUUGAGGAUUCUUAUUUCCGAUUUUGGUCUCUGCAAAAAGUUGGAUAAUGAUCAAUCGUCUUUCAGAACUAACAUGCAAAACCCCGCAGGCACAACUGGGUGGAGAGCCCCAGAAUUGCUGGAUGGUUCUUCAUUCAGCAUCCUCGAAAAUAUGGACACAUCGAAACAUGGUGAAAGUACUACAGAUACCUCUAUAGUAUCCACGGAUUCUUUUUAUGAUCCUUUUACAAAGCAAAGACUUACUAGGGCAGUUGAUAUAUUUUCUAUGGGUUGCGUGUUUUUUUAUGUGUUGACUAAUGGGCAACAUCCGUUCGGCAGUAAAUACAUGAGGGAAGGUAACAUUAUUAAAGGGGAGUAUGAUUUGAGUCCGUUACGCACGACAAUCAAAGAAAAAUGGGUGGUAGAGGAGGCCACCAAUCUGAUAUCCAGGCUAAUAGCACGGGACCCAAAACAGAGGCCCACGGCAAUGACAGUGUUAAAGCAUCCGUUAUUUUGGCCGAUUCAAAAGAAACUCGCUUUUCUUUUAAAAUUUAGUGAUAGAUUUGAGUUAAAAAAUAAAGAGUCACCAAAUGAACUUUUAGGAAAGCUAGAUACAUUAUCCAAAACUGUUAUUCCAAAAGCUGACUGGUCACUGAAAUUUGAUAAGCUCUUUAUGGAUAAUUUGGGAAAGUAUAGAAAGUAUCACUUUGAUAGGGUCCUCGAUCUGUUACGAGCUUUCAGAAACAAAUAUCAUCACUAUAUGGAUAUGCCUGAAGAAUUGGCAGAUAUCAUGGGGACAAUUCCAGAUGGGUUUUAUCAUUUUUUUAUUGUCAGAUUUCCAAAUCUGUUGAUGGAAACAUAUCUCUUUGUUGAAAAAAAUAUGGCAGAUGAUCAGGCUAUGGUCGAAUUCUUUUAA